AUGAAGAAAAAGAGAAUGCAGAAAAAAAACUUGAAAUAUGUGAAGAGAUGGAAAAAACACAUGAGAAUGAAGAGCCAACGAUUGUGGAAGAUGAAGAACAAGAGCAACUACAACAAUUUAAGAAGAUGGUAGAGAUUUUUUCACCAAAAUCCAAGACUGUCCCCUUUCUAGAUGUGCUGAAAUCAAAGCAGAAAAAGAAAUCAGAUGUCAAUGAAAAUUUACGUAAAUUUUUUCAAGAUGUUUAUAUUAAAGUUUCUCUUUUGUAGGUGGUGGAGGAUAUUCCAAUGUAUGCAAAAAUUUUGAAGGAACUUUACAAAUCAAAGAGAGAACCAAGAACUGAAAAAUUAUUUACUCAUGUAAGUGCCAUGUUGCUGAAUCAAAUGCCACAAAAGCUUAAGGACCCAGGUGCGCCUUUAAUAUCUUGUAAUAUUGGUGGAUAUAUUUUUAGGAAUGUAUUGUUAGGUUUGGGUGCUAGUAUUAAUUUAUUACCUGCAUUAGUUUGUUAAUAUUUUCAAGUUUCUAAUUUAAAACCAUCCUCUAUUGUGCUUCAAUUUGCAGUUUUGUCAAUUAAAAAUGCAAAACGAAUAUUAGAAGAUGUAGUUGUAACUAUGAAAGGAUGUUCAUUUCCUGCUGAUUUUGUGGUUUCAGAAAUUAAUUCACAUUCUAAAUUUAGUGAAAUGCCUAUUAUUUUUGGUAGAUCAAUUUUUAAUACUACUCAAAUAAAUAUUGAUGUCCCAACAGGAAUAGCAAAAAUCAAAUGUGGAGAUUAAAUUGUGGAAAUUAAUUUUUUUGAAAGAGCAGAAAAUUUAGCAAGUACAAAAAAAAUUGAGUGACAUAAAAAAGAUUUGAUGCAAACUUGUGAAGUUGAAGAAAUGAAUGAAAUGGAUGAUGUGGAUGAUUGUGUGCGGAAAACUUUUGACAAUCAAGAAAUUAAAUAUUCAUGGGAUUUUGAAGAAUUUCAGGAGCAAUUUGAAGGAGUAUUAGAAGAAGCUGAAAAUACAGAAAAAUUAGAAGAACUUUUUGGAUUUAAGGAAAAUCAUAGUAACAAAAUAAUCCUAAAGUAGAGCUUAAAGAAUUACGUAAUAAAUUAAAAUAUGCAUUCUUAGAACAAGAUCAAUCAUUUCCUAUUAUUAUUGCUACAGAUUUGGAGGAAUAUCAAGAAAUGAGACUACUUGAACUUUGAGGAAAUGUAAAAAGCAAAUAGUUUGGAGAUAUCUUAUUUAAAGGGAAUAAAUCCAGAUAUAUGCACAGAUCAUAUCUAUUUAUAAGAAUGAGCUAAACCUAGUAGACAACCUCAAAGAAGAUUAAAUCCAAAUAUUAUGGAGGUAGUAUAGAAUGAAAUUGUGAAAUGGCUUGAUGCUGAUCUUAUUUAUCCAAUUUUAGAUAGCAAAUGGGUGAGCCUUAUCCAAGUGGUUUCAAAAAAAUCUGGAUUGACUGUAAUAAAAAAUAA